AUGUCAAAUUCAAAAUUCCAUUUCCAUUUCCGCCGGAAAAAAAGCGUUCAACACCACAAACAGUCCAAAACCACAAGGGCGGCAAUUAUAAACACGGUCAAGAGUCAAGAAAAAAUGAGGAGAGUAUAAAAAUAAACCGCUUAUGUUUUUUCAGGUGGCCAUAAGAAAAGUAGCCUUGAAUUCAUUCAGAAUACCAAGACAACACAACAAAAUUGUUUUUAGAAGGGUAAUCUUCUCUUCAAAGUUUUUUGUUUUAUUUAUUUUGUUUUCUUGAAAAGUUUUGUGGUUUUCAGAUGAAACAAUUGAUUUUAUUUGUCUUUAUAACUUCAUUUUCAAAAAUUGCCGAUGGCCAAAACUCAAUCGAGACAUCUGAAGAGGUUGAGGAAAUAUCUAUUACCUCCACACCUGUUUCAACAUCUACAUCUACUGAAUCGUUUCCUACCCCAAUCCCAAUGAUGCCAUUCCCUGAAGUUCCCAAUUCAAUAAUCGAGAGGCCCACUUCAACAUCACCUCCACCUCCAAACCCAUUCGAAGAUGAAGAGAAUAGUCCGAUUGAUAGAAAACUUGAUCAAUUAAAUAUUGAAUCGCAAAACCUCGUCGAAACUUAUUUGAAAAAUGGAAGGAAGUUGAAUGGAGAUGUGAGUUAGGCUAUCUACAUGUGAAAAAAUGAAAAAAAAAUAAUAUUUGCAGCUUCGUCGUCGUCUAAUCCUCUAUGUGAUGCGAUUCCAACCGGUUCAGAAUAUCGUCGAGCAAAAUGGUGAUCCGGUUCAACUUGAGAAAGUUGAUCGGAUCAAAUAUCGAUUCAGAAAUGGGUUGAAAAUCAGAUAUUCGCAAUUGAAAUCGGUGAGUUAUGGGGUGAAAAAAAUUCGAUUCAGCAAAAAAACUAUUUUUUUCCUAUAUUUUUUUCAUUUUUUGUGGAAAAAAAUGUCAAAAAAUAGGAAAAAUAUAGUUUUUUGACAAAAAAAAAAUUUUUUUUCAACUUGAAUCACCUAGAAAAAGUACUGUAGAGAGAAAAUUUUUAACUGAACUGUGACGUGGAAAAACUUUCAAAAUAUUUUUCUAACAGAUUACUGUAGUGUUCAAAUUUUUUGGAAUUCUGAGUUCACGGUGUUUUUUUUAUCUCCAGAUUGUGAGUACACAUCGUGCUAGAAAUUUCAGAAAAAAAUAUAUUCACCUAAAUUUUGGAAAAAAAAUUCUACAGUGAUUCUGAAAAAAAAUCCUACAGUAAUUCUGAAAAAAAAUUCUACAGUAAUCUGAAAAAAAUUCUACAGUAAUUCUGAGAAAAAAAUUCUACAGUAAUUCUGAACAAAAUAUAUUCACCUAAAUUUUGGAAAAAAUUUUUACAGUAAUUCUGAGAAAAAAAUCCUACAGUAAUUCUGAACAAAAUAUAUUCACCUAAAUUUUGGAAAAAAAUUCUACAGUAAUUCUGAAAAUUAAAAAAAAUACUGUUUUUUUGCGUUCAGUAGGUCAGGGGAUCGAUUCCUGGUGCCUGCAGAGAAUUUUUUCAUUCAGAAUUUUUCAAAAAAUCUCAAAAUUAUCCAAGAUUCAACAGUUUUGGCUCAAAUUUUCCGAAUUUUUUUCAAAAAUUCAAAUUUCUGAAUAAAAUUUCCCAAUUCAGAACAUCGAUCGACUAGUCGCCCAUCUUCUCGCCCCAAUCUUCGCCCCAUUUCUCCUCCUUCAACCCGACGAAAUCCGCCCUCUCUACUAUUCCCGGCAAAACAUCCCGGCCGCCUCCAAGGAACCAAUCACCGUCGAUUCGCAACCAAUGUCCGAUCGUCAAAGUUCAUUCACAGCGUUGGAAGUAUUUCCAUCGUCGUUACCCCAAGAUAAAUGGCCACAAAUGGAUCCGCGAUGGUUGAAUCAACAAGUUCAAUUUUCUCAACCAUCUUUCACGCCCUUCUAUCAACCUUUCAGAUCCUAUUAUAAUCAGUAA